UCGGGCAAUGGUGCACGAGGGUUCCUCUAAUUUGUUUUGGGACCGUGGAGUGGCACUUGCCGGAUCGAUGCCUCCGUCAGUUUGGUCGGGAGCAGUGCAUUCCGUUGGAGGUCCCCGCAAGUCAAAGGGCCUUCCAUGGCCGAGAUGGUCGGCAAGGUACUCGCGAUUGGCCGACGAAGUUGCAGGAAUUCUUCGCGAUUUGGGAGAACCGACAACUACAGGAUAUUGUCACCCCAAAUCAAGUGGGCCGAAUGGGGUAUCAUGACCCAUACUUGGAUCGAUAUCGGCAAACAUCGGUUCGUUACAUGACUCCGGAGGGUGCGGCCGAUGGUGCAUUAGUUGAUGGGGUCGAGCGGAUUAAAGAUAUUACUACCGGAAGAAAUGAGUUGGGCAAUGAAGAUGUGGGCUACAUCAGGAG